ACAUGUUAUAUUAAUGCGCGCGGAGCUGGCCGGAUGAGUAGAUAUUUGUAAUAUAUACGCCGUAUAGUAUGAGAGGGCCAGUAUAAACACGACCAGGAGGAUCGUACAGUGGAGGCACAGCGAAUCGUCUGCUCUCGAUCUCUCAGGAUUAAGUAUUAAAACAGACGAUAAACGCCAGGUCUUUUUACCUCGUCAGCUGUCUAGUGUUGUGGAGUGUCAAUGGAUUAUCACCGGCACGAUUUACCGUGUACAGAUCUUAUCAAUAUUUCAACAAUAUGAUGGUAUGGUAACGAUAAAUUUUGUCACCUUUAAAUCUUAAGAAUCACCCGCGUUAUAAUACUAUUAACUUUACUAUAAGGAAGUUAUAUUAAGAUCGCCAGUUCAUGACAGAACCAAUUAAGAAUGAGUCGGUUUAAAAAGGAAUAACCAUGUUCCAAACAAUUUGUGGUGGAUUUUAUCGAUGUAUUUCUGAAUAUGUUAAUCUGAUUGUGUGAUGUCACGGAAAAUUUGAUAAGUUGUUGUGUGUGCGGGCCCCCUUCUGUCUCAAUCAUGUCCCACGUACAACGAUGUGGAUCUACUACGAUAUUCUGCAGUGUGGUGCUUGUCUUUAUUUGUCAAAGUAUUUCUUCGUCAGGAUCUGCUCUAACAGUGUCAGAGAUUCAGGAGACCGGCAAGGUAUUAUUUCGGUCGUUACGGAAUACGGAAUGUAGCAUUGACUGUACGGGGAAAGGACAGAGGCCGGUGUGUGGAUCCGAUGGACUAACAUAUUCCUCACGUUGUGCCAUCAAGCGCGCCAAACGUUGUGAAAAUAGACGUGUCAAGGUCAAAAGUAAAGGGGUAUGUUCAGCAUUGGCAGCCGCACCGAAAACAAAAUGUAUGCAGGAAAGAGAAGAGGCUCAAGCCAUAGCCAGAAAGCCAACACUUGGGAUCUUUAUACCCGAAUGCGAACAGGAUGGAUCCUAUGCAGAGAUCCAAUGUCAUGCAGCUACAGGGUACUGUUGGUGUGUCACCAAUGACGGGAAACCUAUCGCGGGUACAUCAAUCAGUGGAAAACGUGCACCAUGUAAACGGAGACGAAGGCGACCACUGAAGCCUGAGAAACACAAACGUCGAACGGACAGAAGACGGAUAUCGACAAAGAGGAAGAAAAGAGCCUGCAAGUCCACAGAUAGAAUAGAAUUCAACCAGAACUUAGUAGCAGCCUUCACACAGGAAUAUCAACGGUUUGAAACAUUAGGCCAACCAGGUACUCUAUCAGGAAAUCCCUUGCUAAGUUCAAUGGAAAAACGGGUAGUAGAUUGGAAAUUCUCACAACUGGAUAGAAACAAUGACAACAGACUUAGACGGCGGGAGGUGCGAUCCCUAAAACGAAUGGUUAAAAAAGUUAUAAAACCACGCGCAUGCGCAAGAAACUUUGCAAAAUAUUGUGAUUUAGACCAAAAUAAACGAAUAGAGAGGAGGGAAUGGUCGAUUUGUCUUGGAGUCGAUAUCAAAAGUAACCAAAGUGUCAAGGAAAUAGCGAAACACGGAGACACCCAAGAAGAUCAGUCUCCUCAGAUGAAGCCAGAGCCUCAAAUCACCGAAGAACCUGAAAUUAUAGUAGACUUUCCUCCUCGAGCUAACCGGUGGUCUUCAGGGCUCAAUCCCCGCCGUACCAAUACCCCAGCGCCAUCUAUUGACAAGGAAGACAAAACGAGGAGUUGUGUCGAUGAGCAAGAUGCAGCCGCGCGUCAGCAUGAACAGGACCCGGAUGGAGGAACAUUUAUCCCAGCUUGUACUGAUGAAGGGAAAUGGAAUCGAGCUCAGUGCCACAAAUCCUCCCAGUUCUGCUGGUGUGUUGACGAAAACACUGGUUCCCCGAUUCCUGGUACAUCCACUCAUAAAAUACAACCAACGUGUGAUAUGGAGUCGGAGAGGGAAAUGAAAGUUCGUAUAUUCACAGGAUGCCCACUGCCGAAGAAACGGAGGUUUUUGAACUUCUUGUUAGAGCAACUCGCACAGGAAAUGGACAUAUAUGUAUAUAAUGGUACAGAUCCAAGCAAAAGGCCAGAGUACAACCCUGAGCUAUCAGUCCAAGAAAAAGCUGCCAAAUGGAAAUUUAAAUUUUUAGACGUCAACGCAAACAAUAUGUUGGAACGUAAAGAACUAAAGCAGUUCCGACAAGAAAUCCCUAAACGGAAGGACACUAGAAAGUGUAGUCGUAACUUCAUUCGCUAUUGUGAUGCCGACAAUAACAGAAAAAUAACUCAUGAUGAAUGGAUAGACUGUAUGGGUUUAAAAAAUAAUACUAGUUUUCUGCCACAGAAUCCGAACCGGAAAGGUCCCAAUCCAUUCAGCCAUUAUUUAAAACCAAGUUAACAAAGAGUAUAAUCUUCAGUGUGUCAACUGUAUAUGUGUUGUGACCUUAUGGGCAAUGUGUAGUAAACUUCCUUAACAUAAGAGGACAAGAAAAUGCUUACGGAGCAGACCGUUAACUAGGGCCAAGCUUGUUAUCUAAAAUCGGGCGACUCUCUGUUUGGCUGUCGUUCUGCUGAAACGUAUUCUACUGGAUACAGGGAAGUAAUAGUCACGUGUAAAUUAUCAAUCAUUGGUGUCAGUGACGACCACGUGACAACAUAUCAAUGUAAACAGUGUAAAUACUGUCAUGUGGUCUCAGUGUAAAUGAUGUCACGUGGUAACAGUGUAAAUGUUGUCACGUGGUAACAGUAUAAUGCUGUCACGUGGUAUCACUGUAAAUGCUGUCAGGUGGUAACAGUGUAAUGCUGUCACGUGGUAACAGUGGAAUGCUGUCACGUGGUAACAGUGUAAUAUUAUCACGUAUAUAAUAUCAAUGUAAAUAAUAUCACGUGUCAGUCGUUUGCCAAUAUUGACGACGUAGAUUUUGUUCCGUGCCAACAUUGUGAAAUUGAAGUAUGGGAAAAGACAAAGUUACCAGAGUAAAGAAUUUGUAUAAGAGUUAAAAACCACUGUUUGUACUUCAGUGUCAUAACUUCCAAUAUGGAUAUGGUAAGUAAAGUUCUUCUUACUGACAGCGAUUACUGUCACAGAACAAUGUACAGAGCGCAGUUUUGUUAAAUGGUUACGUUAUGGACAAAUUAAACCUACGCCUGCAGAAAUCGACAUCAUGAGAACAGGACAUGUUCGUUGCCUUCAUUUAAGAUAAUAAGAUGUGAUGAACUGUGAAAAGUGAUCACAUAUUGACUUGACCUGAACACGUGUUUUAUUGGUGUGGUGACUUAAGAUGCACGUGUUGUUAGUGUAAGAAAGUGUGUGUACUUACUAGUUACCUUCAUAGCUGUAUAGGUGAAGACUUGUUAGCUUCAUGUAAAGACUAUGUUACACGUGAAAACAUUUCAUCUAAACAUGCUAAGUUAUUGCUUCACGUUAGAUGCGUCAGUUACAUGUGCGGAUUUACUGUUACACGUGAAGGGGUGUCAGGGACACGUGCGGACUUAUUGAUACGCGUAAAUGGGUGUCAGUUACACGUCGGACUUACUGUUACACGUGAAGGAGUGUCAGUUACACGUGCGGACUUAUUUUUACAUGUGAAGGGGUGUUAUUUACACGUGCGGACAUUUGUUAACGUGAAGAACUGAUUGGAUACUGACCCCUAGAAUUGAGAGUUUGGGGAACACAAACUUUGUGGUGGCACGGUGCAUAUAUAUCCUCGUAUGUAAACAACCGUUGAUGCAUCAGAGCAAUGUUGUACGCAUAGGUAGGUAUAAGGACUACUUUGUACUACGUAUUAAGACAUUUUGAUGACGUGUGCGUGUAUUGACACAUAUCCUUCCGCCCUUCAGCUUUUUAAAAGCACGCUUAUUUUGUGUAUACGUUUACAAAUAUAUAUAUCUCUGAAGAGUCCCGUAUAGUUCUUAUAAUGAAUUAUCAAGUAGUUCUGUUGUUGUGAAUUAUUGCACUUAGAAAGCCUAGCUGACAUGACAAGAUAGAGUGUAUCCGUGACCAUAUUUUCAACAGCAGUCAGUGUCAGUAUUUAUUCAUAAGUACGUCUUAUUCUUUAUGUAAAGUUUCAGACUUUCGAUGUUAAUAGUUAGUGCCAAGCCUGUAUGCUGGAAAAAGCAAAUAUCGCUAAAACCCCAAAUACAACCCUUACUGAAGGACUUAAAGUCAGAAGUGUUUCUUCUUGUAAAUUUAGAAACUUAAGUCGAAUUCAUAUUUUAGUUAGUAUCUGACAUGUAAUGUACAACCAAAAUGGUUCAGCACUUCAGCAUUGCAUUCAAUACAUUUACGACCACAAUCAAUAUUUCGCUCCUGUUCGGAAAUCAAAUUCACUAUCAGCUGUCUUAAACCAUAUUUUCUUUUCUUUAAAUGAUAUUUCAAAAUUACACCGCGAUCCUGAAUAUCAAUUAAAUGACCUGUAUCUAUACACAUACAGAAAAAAUCGUCGUUAAUAACCUUCCUAUUUAUCUUUUUCUCGUCCACGUUUUACUCUCAAAAACGAAAAUAAAAUUAUAUCCUUUGGUAAUCAAAAUAUCCAGAAAUGUCGAGAAUUCGUUUCAUCGGUGGAGACCAGCUAGCAUCUAUUGUGGAGCCUUUAAAAGCAUUUUAAAUGCGUUCGAUGAUUGAUAAAGACCGAGAAAUCCUCGUUAGGAGAAUAAUAUUCUUACAAGUUUUAAUUACCGUUAAUGGUAGAGAGGGAUUUCGGAAAUUUUACGGACUCAAAAGACUUGUUUUCGUGGUGGUUAAAUAGUCAUCGGGUAAUCUAUAUGAACAGUCAUAUUUGAACACAUGACAAUAGUAAUUCAUUUUUAGUGAAAAUAUUAUUUUCAGGAACACAAAUUAAAAAUCAAUAUCAGUAGGAAUAAGCUUGGGAUGAAGUUUAAGACUGGUUCCAACGACGUUAAAAUGAAAACACAUCAAUAAAGAUCGUAUUUCAGUACUAGCUGAAUCACUGAACGAGAUCUCGUACUGUUCAAACAUCUGAGACUUAGUUGACAUACCAUAACAUUAGAUUUUAAAGCCCUCAGGUUCGAUAUAUAAAUAAAUAAAUCCAGGAAGUAAUCUGGCUUUCAUUCUGAACCCCAGAGCAAAAAUUACUGACGUAAGAUAAACUACAAGAGAAUGUAUGUCACAAUUGAUGACACGACUCCGAACGUCGAUGAAAUAGCAGUGUUACAUGAUAGGACAAGAUAUCCCCUUCGGUGGGUUUUGCAAUGUUGACAUGAAAACAUGUGCACUUCAUUAAUUUUAUAAGGUCAAAGGCCAAACGAACGACAGCAACGCCAGUGUUUUGCGUUUUGCAUUGUACAAACGCAUGUAUAAGAUAUAUGUCAAGAGACAAUCAGUGUAACUUCAUAUAAAAUGACACUGCAACAAUGCUAACCAUGGGCUCUGUUGCUUGAUGGACUGGUAAAAUAUUUACUUAUCUAGUAUAAAAAAAUCGAUUGAUACAAUGGUAUACCGAUAACAAUGCUUACAUUGAUGGAUUUCUCUCUAAAUGUAAUGUAUCCAAAACUUGCUUGUUUACCUGAAUUCUGUUAAAAAAAAUGUACAAAUAGAUGUUGUUGACAGUUUUACGUUUCCAAACAGCCAUUGUUUUAAUCUGUUUCCAACGUCCUCGCGCCUUCGGGCCACGAGUGAUUAAUAAUAAUAUGAAUAACUUGUUUUCCAAUUAUUGUAAAACAAAUCAAGUUUAGAGUAGUAAAUAAAGAGGACAUUUCCGUCUGUAACGGAGAACGGGGCCUCACAGAGUGUGUUUAAAGUUUAGGUUAAAUAUGAUAAAAAAAAAUGUUUCCAUUUUAUCCAAUAUUGCAAUUCAAGCGUGAUUUUUUUCUACAAUUAUGAAUCACAGCAUUCACAUACAAACAUACUUAAAUUUUAACUCUUUUGUAGUAAAUUGAAACAUUGUAAUCCAAUAAGUAAUUAGGUUAACAGACCUCAAUAGUAAGGAUAGUAUGAGAUGCACUGUCAGAGUAUGGCCAGUUGACUAUUUCAGAUACUUGUGUGGUGAUGCUGUGUGGUAUAUGUAAAGUAACAAUCAUUCUACAUAUCCAUAGACACACAGUAAUCAUGUAUUUAAUGCACUUUAUAGAUACAUACAUACAAUUCAUAUUUAUUAAUAUGUAUUUAGCAUUUAAAUAAAAAAAAUGUAUGUAUGUAUAUAUAAAUAUGAACAUUAUAUGCAUAGAAUUUACUUAAUAACCAAUGUAAUUAGUUUUUAACAAAGGUUAAUGUUUUUAACCUUAAAUACAUUAUGUUAUGCACGAAUUUCCAAAUGAACGUGGCGGUACAUUUCUUCUAGUGUGCUUGACAUAUUACAUACAAGAAGUAUGUAAAAUAUAUCGUUACAAGGGACAAUGAUAAGUGAUUUUGAAAUAUUGAUUUUUAAAAAUGUGCAUUUUGCAAAUUUCAUACUUCACAAUAUAAAUUCAUUAUUAUUCUGUAUGAAGUAGCAUUGUCGUGAUGUCUUUGUGAAAUACAAACUUGUUCAGUUCACCUGUAGUGUUCAUAGAAAAAGACAAUUAAAUGAAAGAGUAAACAAUUAUUGAAUCCUA